CAUCAUGACAGACACGGAAAUCAUGAGUCCCAUGCCCGAUGAGUUUAUGUACAGCUUUGCAGCCACUGCGGAUGACUACAUGAACGACACCACCAGCUACUUCUGCCAUAAAGACCACAUCAGGCAGUUUGCAAGCAAAACUCUCCCACCCAUCUACUGGAUCGUGUUCUUAAUCGGUACCCUGGGCAACAGCCUGGUCGCCCUCGUCUACUGGUACUGCACGAGAGUGAAGACCAUGACCGACAUGUUCCUUCUGAAUCUGGCCAUCGCCGACCUGCUCUUUCUUUCCACUCUUCCCUUCUGGGCCAUUGGCCUUGACGGGUGGAUAUUCCAAACCUUCACGUGCAAAGUGGUCAACAGCAUGUACAAGAUGAACUUCUACAGCUGCGUGCUGCUGAUCAUGUGCAUCAGCGUGGACCGGUACAUCGCCAUUGCUCGGGCUAUGAAGGCACAGAACUGGAAGAAGAAAAGACUUCUCUACAGCAAAAUGGUUUGCUUUGCUGUCUGGGUGUUAGCGACUCUGCUCUGCAUUCCAGAAAUCAUGUACAGCCAAAUCAAGGAGCAAUCCGACACUUUCAUUUGCACCAUGGUCUACCCUGGGGAUGAGAGCACCAAGCUGAAGUCAGCUGUCUUGACCCUGAAGGUCAUCCUGGGGUUCCUCCUUCCCUUUGUGGUCAUGGCUUGCUGCUACACCCUCAUCAUUCACACUCUGAUACAAGCCAAGAAGUCAUCCAAGCACAAGGCCCUCAAGGUCACCAUCUCUGUCCUCACCGUCUUCUUCCUAUCUCAGUUCCCUUACAACUGUGUUCUGGCGGUGCAGGCCAUCGAUGUCCACUUUGGCUUCAUUUCCAGCUGUGCUGCUUCCAUCCGGAUCGACAUCAGCCUCCACGUCACUCAGACCAUUGCCUUUUUCCACAGUUGCCUGAACCCUGUUCUCUACGUUUUCGUGGGUGAGAGAUUCCGCCGGGAUCUUGUGAAAACCCUGAAGAAACUGGGCUGCAUUAGCCAGGCUCAGUGGGUCUCUUUUACCCGGAGAGAGGGCAGCUUCAGGCUGUCAUCCACGUUGCUGGAGACAACCUCGGGAGCGCUCUCCCUGUGAGGGGUCUCCGCGCUCAUGUGGCUGGUCCUUUUGGAAGUAACGAGAAAUAGAGAUGCAGCUUCCACACUGAUGA